AUGCAAGGAUCGGGGAAUAAUUAUUAUCUUUAAAGUAAUCCACUGGGGAAUAGGGGAUUUAGUAGGUCUAAGAGAGAGAGAGAUUUUCAGCGUUGUAGUAAUAGCCGUGGCAUUUGUUUAGCUCCUUUCACAUCAGGAGGACAUUUCAAAUUGCUUCACGGAGUACAGUGUAAAACGUAAUGACUUAAAUUGGCUGCCACAAACAUUUGCACACAGCAAGCAAUGUUUCGGAAACAGUGACUGACCAGUUUUGUUUGGAAGGUUGUUGGCGAGGACCACCCCACUGUGAGAAACCCGACAGCAUGAACCGCUACAGUGCAAGGGUUUUUAUUACGGAGCUAAAUCUGCAGCUCAAAACCUCUAAUCUGACCAGACUGAUCAUCUGCUACAACUGUGUGGUAAUCUCUGAACAAAACACUACUAUAUGUAGUUAGCCCGAUUUACCAGAAUGAGGGAGUGCUGCAGUGCUGUACAAUGGAUGAUACUCGUGCUGUAGGAUGUUUAAGUCUAAACCCUCCACGAUUACAAUGGCGACAGAGACAGAAAACGCACGUGCGCUGCUCAAGACCUUCAGCACGGCGUCAGUCAUCUGGAGCAUAGGCCUGGGCGUGUUCUGCUUCCUGUCCGAUCAGUGUUUACAACUGCCUCUAAUACAGAACAACUACUGGCUCAGGGCUCUUUCGGACAAUGCGGUGCACGGGGCCGUUGGCCUGUGGUCCUGGGCCAUUGUGGUCGGAUUGAAGAAGAGGAGUGAUUUGUACGAGGUUGUUCUGGCCGGGCUUCUGUCGUCCGCCGUCGAUGCUGAUCACUUUCUUGCAGCCGGCUCGCUGUCUCUCAAGGCUGCGUUGCUUCUGCCUCAGAGGCCUCCGCUCCACUGCUCCACAGUCAUCCCUGUGGUCGCUUUCUCAAUGAGACUGUUCAUGUGGCUCUUCAGGCUCAAAGACUCGUGGUGCUUUCUCCCGUGGAUGGUGACCAUAUCCUGGGUCUCUCACCACAUCCGUGAUGGAGCCCGACGAGGACUGUGGUUCUGUCCCUUUGGAAAUACAGCCCCCGUGCCAUAUUGGCUCUACAUAGCAAUCACCUCAUCGUUCCCUCAUCUCUGCUCUGUCCUUAUGUACUUGACUGGUACGAGAGAAACCAUGUCCAUGUCCCAUGGGAUUGCCAUAGAUGUAUAAAAGUCAUGUGUGCUGUAAUGUGCAGUAUACGGUGGUGCUGACUGCACUGAAAUAGCAUAUUUGAACUAGGUUACAAAAGUAUCAUUUAGUAGGAUAUUGCUGAUUUGGGUGAAACUACUUGAAUCUAACUAACAGCAGCUUAUUAUGGUUUUACAGUCCUAGCUUCCUUUCCUGAUCAUUGUGCUAGGCUGUAAUACAUAAGAGCUUUAUUUUGAAACCCUCAUUCUCCACAUUUAACCCUAGUCCAGCACUACAUCUGAAACUUUUGAAUCUAAAAUCCAGUGGGGUUCAAAUGCAUUCCUUUUCAUAGCUACAGCUAGAAUAAUCUGUUGUUGUUUGUGAAUCAGGAUUUGCAACCGAAUUGGCUUUGCAACCUCAUUCGAUGAUGAGCUGUGUUAACCCAAGUCCCAUGCAAGAAAAUCAACAACAACUUGUAUUUGUAUAGCGUCUUUCAUGUCGGGAGGACGU